UCCACAAGUGAGAUCAGUUGUCGUGAGCCAAUCAAAGCUUGUGGGGGGCGGGCUUGCGUGGACCGUGCGGCUGUUGGUUGUAGUUGGAGGCAGGCAGUUUGGUUGCGGCGCAUUGUACUUCGGCAGCUAGGUUGCGGUGGACUACUACAAGGGAGACUUGCGAUGAACAGGAUCCGAAUCCACGUCCUGCCGAGCAGCCGGAACCGGCUGACGCAGCAGACGGCGCGUCCUCAGGAGGCGCAGACGUGCGCCUUCACGCAGCGGCCGUGCUCCCAACCACGUCUGGACGGCUUGGAGUUCUGCAUCAAACACAUUCUGGAGGACAAGAGCGCCCCGUACAAGCAAUGCAAUUACGUCUCCGCUAAGAAUGGCAAACGCUGCCCCAACGCUGCGCCAAAGGUCGAGAGGAAAGACGGUGUGACAUUCUGUGCCGAGCACGCCCGCAGGAAUGCCAUGGCCCUCCGCGCUCAGAUGAGGAAGGCGUCGUCCGGUCCGUCGCCAGAGACGCUGCUGUCCCAGCUGAGCGGGUACAGCCGCGCAGAAACGCGCGGCCUCGAUGGAGGUCGCUCCGAAGCGAGUCGUAUUCUAGAUGAGGACAGUCCAAUGAGUGAGGAGGAGCAGGGUCCCCUGGUACUGGACCAGACGUGGAGAGGAGACCCUGAAAGUGAGGCCGACAGCAUCGACAGCGACCACGAAGAUCCUCUCAAACAUGCUGGCGUGUACACGGCAGAGGAGGUGGCGCUCUUCACUCGAGAUAAACUCAUCAGGCUCCAGUCCCUCUACAUUGACCAGUUCAAACGCCUGCAGCAUCUGCUGAAGGAGAAGAAGCGCAGAUAUCUGCACAACCGCAAAGUCGAGCACGAAACCAUCGGAAGCAGUCUUCUGACAGGACCUGAAGGCCUGUCUGUAAAGGAGAGGGAGAAUCUGAAAAAGCUCAAAGCUCUCCGUCGCUACCGCCGCCGCUACGGUGUGGAAGCUCUGCUGCACCGGCAGCUGAGAGAGCGAAGGCAGACGGUGACAGACGGAGCUCCUCAGGUGCACCCGCGAGCGGCGCAGGAGAAAUGCAUUUCCUUCAUGGAUGGAAGUCGAUGCUGCAAUCCCUGCCUUCCCCUGACCCGGCACUGCGUCUCCCACAUCUUCCAGGACAGCAACCAGGUUCUUUUCAGGAGCUGCCCGGGAACCAAGGACAUCCCGUGCGAACGUACAGUGCACAUGGGCCAGUCGGACGACCCCCGCUGCCCGCUUCACCUCCCCCUGCCUCCCCCCAUGUACCAGCCGGAGCAGGAGCCCCCCCCACAGGAGCAUCUGACCCCCACCGGCAGAGACCUGUACCUGAGCGCCGCCGAGCUCCAGCCCACCGAAAGCCUACCCCUGGAGUUCAGUGACGACCUGGACGUGGAAGGAGACGGGACGCAGGGUCCUCCAUCCCCCCUACAGUUUGACACGGCCCUGGCCCUCGAGGACCAGACCAUCCGUGCGAUCGCCGAGGCCCCGAUGGACCUCCUGACCGCUGACGACCCGGAUCAGGUCGACCUGGACGCGUCGGGACAGGACAUCGACGACAUUGUGGACGAGCAGGUUGCGUCCGAGGCGGCUGUGGCCAAAGAAGACGCUCCCAGAUGAAGAAAGCGUUUUCAAGUGUGCCGAGUGUUCACCGGCUGCUCUUUGAUUGCUCCUGUCUGCUCGCAAUAAACUCUGCACUCAUCCA